GAAAUCCUGGACAAAAGGGGCAGGGAACCUUCCAGAGCCCGGUGCUGCUGUGGGGAAACAGCUCUGCCUCUGCUUGGGAGGUGGACGAGCCCCUGGGGAACUGUAUAGAAAAAUAAUUUGGAAAAGGAGUCAGUGCAGAGUUCUGGGGACUCACUGUUGAUGGGGCAGAGAGGUGGUUGUGAAUGAGGAGCUGCCUUGGGAUUCUCUGUGGCAGGUGGCUCCGGGGCGCGCUGAGGCUCCGCGCGGCGGCUCCGCGGGCCGGCCCUGCGCUCGCCGUCGCUCCCUGGUGCAUCGGGUGGAUCGCCACGAGCCGCAAAGCUGCUGUCCACGUGGACUGGUGCUGACAUCUCCCGCCCCGCCGCCGCCAGAGCCUCGCCUGCCAAGCCCAGAGACAUGGCCACCAACGGCACCAAAGUGGCGGAUGGACAGAUCUCCACCGAGGUCGACGCCUCCAUCACCAACGACAAGCCCAAAACCUUGGUAGUAAAAGUGCAGAAGAAGAAGACGGACCUUCCAGACCGAGACACUUGGAAAGGGAAAUUUGACUUUCUUAUGUCCUGUGUAGGUUAUGCCAUUGGCUUAGGGAAUGUGUGGAGAUUUCCCUACCUGUGCGGCAAGAAUGGUGGAGGUGCAUUCCUGAUUCCCUAUUUCCUUACUUUAAUUUUUGCUGGAGUGCCACUGUUCCUUUUGGAGUGCUCCCUUGGUCAGUACACAUCUAUAGGAGGCCUUGGGGUGUGGAAGCUUGCUCCAAUGUUCAAAGGUGUGGGGCUGGCUGCUGCAGUCCUGUCCUUUUGGCUAAAUAUUUACUACAUUGUGAUUAUUUCCUGGGCCAUAUACUACCUGUAUAAUUCCUUUACCACUACCCUUCCUUGGAAACACUGUGAGAACCCCUGGAACACCGACCGCUGCUUCUCCAACUACACCCUAGCGAACACCACCAACAUGACAAGUGCCGUGGUGGAGUUCUGGGAACGCAACAUGCACCAAAUGACCGACGGCUUGGAAAAGCCCGGGCAAAUCCGAUGGCCCCUGGCAAUCACCCUGGCAAUUGCCUGGAUCCUGGUGUAUUUUUGUAUCUGGAAGGGGGUAGGCUGGACUGGAAAGGUGGUGUAUUUCUCUGCUACUUAUCCCUAUGUUAUGCUGCUUAUCUUGUUCUUCCGCGGUGUAACACUGCCCGGAGCAAAGGAAGGCAUUUUAUUCUAUAUCACUCCCAACUUCAGCAAGCUUUCAGACUCUGAGGUUUGGCUGGAUGCUGCCACACAGAUUUUCUUCUCCUACGGUUUGGGCCUUGGUUCACUGAUUGCCCUUGGAAGUUACAACCCUUUCCACAAUAAUGUUUACAGGGACUCCAUCAUAGUGUGCUGCAUAAACUCAUGCACGAGCAUGUUUGCUGGCUUUGUCAUCUUCUCCAUUGUGGGAUUCAUGGCCAAUGUCACAAAGAGGCCAAUUGCAGAUGUGGCAGCAUCAGGCCCUGGACUGGCGUUUCUGGCUUACCCAGAGGCAGUGACACAGCUGCCCAUCUCCCCUCUCUGGGCAAUCCUCUUCUUCUCCAUGCUGCUCAUGCUGGGCAUCGACAGUCAGUUCUGCACCGUGGAAGGGUUCAUCACUGCCCUGGUGGACGAGUUCCCCAAGCUGCUGCGCAACCGCCGCGAGCUCUUCAUCGCCGUGGUGUGCAUCGUGUCCUACGUGAUAGGGCUGUCCAACAUCACUCAGGGUGGAAUCUAUGUGUUUAAGCUUUUUGACUACUACUCUGCCAGUGGAAUGAGUCUCUUGUUCCUUGUAUUCUUUGAGUGCAUCUCGAUAUCCUGGUGCUAUGGUGUUAAUAGAUUUUAUGACAACAUCCAAGAGAUGGUGGGAUACAGACCCUGCAUCUGGUGGAAACUCUGCUGGUCCUUUUUCACUCCUAUCAUUGUGGCAGGAGUGUUCAUCUUCAGUGCUGUGCAGAUGACCCCGCUGACCAUGGGCAGCUACGUGUUCCCAAAAUGGGGCCAGGGGGUGGGCUGGUUCAUGGCCCUGUCCUCUAUGGUGCUGAUUCCUGGCUACAUGGCAUACAUGUUCCUCACCCUGAAAGGAUCCCUAAAACAGCGCAUCCAAGUGAUGAUUCAGCCAAGUGAAGACAUCACCCACCCUGAGAACGGGCCAGACCAGGCCCAACAGAGCAACUCUGCCAACAAAGAAGCCUACAUCUAAACUCCUCUCUCGUCCGAGUACCGCUCCUCCUCCAGAAAAACAAAAAAUAUGGUUGAAUAUGACCACAAAUUCACAUCUGAGAAUAUAAUUACCUACCUCUAGUGGCAAAAAAAAAAAAUAAAUAAAAAAUACAUAUUAAAAAAAAAAAAAGAGGAAAAAAAAAA